GCGCAUGGCGCGCCUGCUAACGGAUCCGCGGAGACAGCAGAUGAGCGGUGGUGUAUUGACCAGCCUUCGCUAGUGCAACGCAUUGACCAACCUUCGCUGAUGCAUUGACGAGCUUUUGCUGAUGCAUUGACCAACCUUCGCUGAUGCAUCGACGAGCUUUUGCUGAUGCGUCGACGAGCUUUUGCUGAUGCAUCGACGAGCCUUCCUUCGUCCCUCUGGCGGGACCUUCGCAGCUCGGACGCAAGCUUCGCAGCUCGGACGCAAGACAUCAAGAGGGACACGCUCGAGGCGUGUGCGAGACGCUCGAGGCGUGUGCGAGACGCUCGGGGCGGGUGCGAUACGCUCGGGGCGUGUGCGAUAGGCUCGAGGCGCGUGCGAUACGCUCAAGGCGUGUGCGAUACGCUCGGGGCGGGUGCGGUACGCUCGAGGCGGGUGCGAUACGCUCGAGGCGGGUGCGAUACGCAAGAGGCGUGUGCGAUACGCAAGCGUCGCAGUUCGAACGCAAGCGUCGCAGUUCGAACGCAAGCAUCAAGAGGGCGCAAGCAUCAAGAGGGCGCACUUGAAGGAUCCGGUUGGGUCGCAUGCUCGCUUGGAGGGGGGUACGACACGCUCGGGGCGCGCGCAUACGCUCGAGGGAUGCGCGAUGCAGUCGAGGGAUGCGCGAUGCAGUCGAGGGAUGCUCACGAUAUCGUGCUGCUGAUGAGCGUCGAAAAAGAUGUGCGCGAUGAGAAUGGACCCCGUCCGCAGACCGAUCUCCGCGCUCGUCGUCUGCAGCCCUGGUCCAACUUCUCCGUCCUGCCCUAGACGGGCUUCUCCGUCCUGCCCUGCACCAGCUUCUCCCGCGAUCCUGGCUGAUGCUCAUAUGUACGUCCGCGCUGGGUUUCUGAUGUUAUACUACAUUGACUUCUUCUGCCACCUCCCCCUGACCCGCACCCGAUACGGUAUACAUUUCUGCCCCCCCCCCCGUCCCCCCCUAAGCCCGGCCCCUCUUUCCAAUGAACCUCGUUCGUCGUCCUCUCUUU